AUGGACCUAGGAGGCGAGGAGACGCAAGCAGUAGGAGGACCCACAGGUGAAAAACCAAACCCAACACAAUCCCAAGGUACGAUGGCGGGUCACACAGGUCGACAAGAGAUGGAGACGCUUCCAGGGAUCAGCUCCAAGAAAACAACAGCCCCUGCUCCCAAGAAAGCAAAAAAGGCAACAGUGGCCCAAACAGCUCGGCGCAUCGCGACACGAAGCACAUUGAGAGUCCCCACUAGUGAGACGGCAGACGUGUCCGGCACCAGCCGCCGCAGACCCAAACAGAGAGAGGUUGAGGAGCAGGUCCAAGGCGAACGAAUGCCUGAGUAA